CGCGAGUUCUGGGCGCUUCCCGGUCCUCCUCCUCCGCGCCGUAACUGGCUGCAUCUCAGAGGCCCGGCACAAUAGAGACUCCGCCCUCCCUCCGCGCCAGCCCUCCUCUGCGCCCUCGCCCUGCAGCCCUUGCAGCUGCUGCCGCUGGCUGUCCCCCUGCGCCCCCGGGAUCCCCGCUGCCCGCCUCGGCGCGCACCACUCAGCCCGCAUCCGCCCAGACUCCUUCCUUCCACCUGAGCCCUCUCCAGAGGACGACGCACUCGGCUAGCUGUGCCACCUCCACCUUCCCGAUCACCUCUUUCUACUCUGAGCCCCACUCUCUAUCGCGGCCGCGGUCCAGGUCCAAGCUGAUCUCGGUCCCGGCUGAUCCUGUUGGAAAGGAGAUGAUCAGAGUCUCUGGGGUGCACGCUCCUGCCCCACUCAGCAGCACCCAGCUUUAGAAGGCACUCUGAGCAGCCCCUCACCGGCUCCAGCCAAGACACCCUCUCGCUUCAGUCCUUGCUGAGAGCCCCCACCGCCCCUCGCCCCAAACCUCCACCCGCCCCACCGGACCACAGCCAUUCUCUGAAGGGGUAAAGCUCCUUCUGUAGCGUCCCUCAUGGCCAAGUCUCUUCUGCUAGUUCUCUGCUUGUCUCUAGUUAUGGCUUUGGGCUGGGGGCACAGCACUCCCUCCACUGGGGCGACUGAACCCCCAGAUGUGCGGACGGUGGCACCCACGGAGGACGAGACUCUGCAAAACGAAGCGGACAACCAGGAAAACGUUCUGUCUCAGUUGCUGGGAGACUAUGACAAGGUCAAGGCUGUGUCUGAGGGCUCAGAUUGUCAGUGCAAAUGUGUAGUGCGACCCCUGGGCCGAGACGCCUGCCAGAGGAUCAAUGCAGGGACCUCCAGGAAGGAAGACUUCUACACUGUGGAAACCAUUACCUCAGGCUCAUCCUGCAAGUGUGCCUGUGUUGCACCACCAUCGGCCCUCAAUCCCUGUGAGGGAGACUUCAGGCUCCAGAAACUUCGGGAGGCAGACAGCAAGGACUUAAAGCUCUCCACCAUCAUAGACAUGUUGGAAGGAGCUUUCUAUGGCCUGGAUCUCCUGAAGCUGCACUCAGUUACCACCAAACUGGUGGGGCGAGUGGACAAACUGGAGGAGGAAGUGUCUAAAAACCUCACCAAGGAAAAUGAGCAAAUCAAAGAGGACAUGGAAGAAAUUCGAACUGAGAUGAACAAGCGAAGCAAAGAGAACUGCUCCAGUAACAUCCUAGACAGCAUGCCGGACAUCCGCUCGGCCCUGCAGAGGGAUGCGGCAGCAGCCUUCACCCACCCCGAGUAUGAGGAGAGGUUUCUUCAGGAAGAAACUGUGUCCCAGCAAAUCAACUCCAUCAAGCUCCUGCAGACCCGGCCACUGACUCCACCAGAGGUGGUGAAGCCACAGCGGCCCCUACAGCGGCAGGUCCACCUGAGGGGCCGGCCGGCCUCCAAGCCCACCGUCAUUCGGGGCAUCACCUACUACAAAGCCAAGGACCCUGAGGAGGAGAAUGACAUCGAAGAGCAUCAAGACGAAUUUUUCAGCGGUGAACACGGAAUGGAUUUGCUGAUUGCAGAUCAGCUUCUGAGACACAAUAACCUACUGACCAGUGCCACCCGGAGGCCAGUAGCCACUCAUCACAGUGCUACUGCGACAACUGAUGCUGGCACUCAGCCCACAGCCCUGCCUUCCACACAGGCCUCAACCUCAGCUCCCAGCAUCCCUGACCCUACUACUCUCUCUGCUUCAGUUGAACAAUUUUCAACACCGCUCCAAACCACCUCAGAGUUUCCAGAUCCCACUAGUGAAGCAGGCCUUAAACCUUUCACUCAGGUACCGGCCACCACCGUGGCACACACAGCCACCCAGGAACCUCUGGCCCCAGCUCCUCCAUCAGUGGCUCCUGAGAAUGCAUUUGUUGAGGCUACAUACAUGGCCCCGGUGCCUCCCCCCACAGUCAGGACAGACUCACCUGGGAAAGAUGCUAUUGCUGGGCAGGGCCCAGCGCCCCCUAGCCCCACCCUGAGCCCGGAGGAAGAAGAUGACAUCCGGAAUGUCAUAGGAAGGUGCAAGGACACCCUCUCCACAAUCACGGGGCCAACCACUCAGAACACAUAUGGGCGGAAUGAAGGGGCCUGGAUGAAGGACCCCCUGGCCAAGGAUGAGCGGAUUUAUGUAACCAAUUAUUACUACGGUAACACCCUGGUAGAGUUCCGGAACCUGGAGAACUUCAAACAAGGUCGCUGGAGCAAUUCCUACAAGCUCCCCUACAGCUGGAUCGGCACGGGCCACGUGGUGUACAAUGGUGCCUUCUACUACAACCGGGCUUUCACCCGAAACAUCAUCAAGUACGACCUGAAGCAGCGCUAUGUGGCUGCCUGGGCCAUGCUGCACGAUGUGGCCUAUGAGGAGGCCACACCCUGGCGGUGGCAGGGCCACUCGGACGUGGACUUUGCUGUGGAUGAGAAUGGCCUGUGGCUCAUCUACCCGGCCUUGGACGAUGAGGGCUUCAGCCAGGAGGUCAUUGUCCUCAGCAAGCUCAACUCUGUGGACCUGAGCACACAGAAGGAGACGACAUGGCGCACGGGGCUGCGACGAAACUUCUAUGGCAACUGCUUCGUCAUCUGCGGGGUGCUCUAUGCCGUGGACAGCUACAACCAGCGCAAUGCCAAUAUCUCCUAUGCCUUUGACACCCACACCAACACUCAGAUCAUUCCCAGGCUGCUGUUUGAGAAUGAGUAUUCCUACACCACCCAGAUAGACUACAACCCUAAGGACCGCCUGCUCUACGCCUGGGACAAUGGCCACCAGGUCACCUACCACGUCAUCUUCGCCUACUGACACCCCUGUCCCCACAAGCAGAAGUGCAGAGGGGCUACUGGCACCUUUGUGUGUGUGUGUGUGUGUGUGUGUGUGUGUGUGUGUGUGUAGAUGGGUAUGUGUCGUAAAAAAUAUAUAUAUUAUUUUGUAUAAUAUUGGAAAUGUAAAAUGACAAUUUGGAUCUAUUUUUUUUUUCAAUGGAUUGUAGAUCAAUCCACACGUGUAUGUGCUGGUCUCAUCCUCCACGGUUUAUAUUUUUGUGCAAAUUAACUUCUCCUUUUGACCAGUAUCCACCUUGCUUCAAAUACCCUCAACACCUCCUAGCUCCUACAUCUCGGUCUGAGGUUUCUUCACCUGGAUCUUGCAGACAGAUGGCUCCAGGAGCAGGAGUGAAGGAGGCAUGAAAGAAGUGCUAAGGGGCGGGAAAUUUUUUUUUUUUUUUU